UGAGUACGCAUUCCGGGGACUUCGUAAUGUGCAGAUCAACUUGCAGUCCAACCACCUGACCACCAUCACUGAGACAGUCUUCAAACCCAUUAUUCUCGACAGCCAGUUCUUUGUUUUCCUAAGCUUUAGUGGCAACAACAUCACUUGUGACUGCAAGAUCCUGUGGAUAGUAGAGGACUCGUCUAUGAAGAGUUGCUUUGAUAACUUCAUGUGCGCCAACCUGAACGUCCCAGUCUAUUUAAUAGAUCCUGAAGAUCUUGGUAACUGCACCAGACACUCCCACGUUCGACGCUUCCUAGGUUGAACGGAAAAUCCUAGUGUUUAUGUGAAUUCUCAGUGUUUUUUUUUUCCAAUUCUUAAUGUUUAUGUAGGCAAUGUGUAGCACCUAGCACCAAUUAAAGACUAAUGCUUGUAAAGCUAGACAUUGAGCCACGCCACAUAUCUUCCCAGCUGAGGCCAUGUGACGUAGGUCAAUGAUAUUGUUCCUUCAAGGGGGUGUCUUGAUGCUGGUGAACGGUUCUUGAUUCAAAGAAUUUGAGCUACCCUUCCAUUCCUCAUGAAAUCUGAUUACUUGCCAUUUUCCAGGCGCUGUGUCGCUAGACGCUUAGCGCUUCUCAUUGAGCAUAGUAAUAAUCAAAGGUUUGUACUUCACUGCUUUGAGACAUCUCAGGAAAUUAUUAUCCGUUCAGUGUCUCAGCGGCAUAAGUUUUACAUUAAACUUAAAAGAAGGAAAGCUUUACACAUUUUCAAGCAGUAUGUAAAUAUUGAGAACACAUUAAAGUAUAUAAUUUGAAGGACUGUACGUGAAUAUAAGAAAUGACAUGAUGCGAGUGCCAGGAGAGGUGUGCUAGGGAGGGGGGAGGCGAGGAUAGUUUUCUGCUUGUCUCAACACAUGUAAGCUGGGAAAUUUACAUAACACAACAUUCCAUGUACUUCAAGGAGGUAAGAUCAUUAAAGGUUUUCACUCAAAAAUAUAUCUUGAGAAUAUUCAGGUGAUACACUUAAACCAAGCAGCUGUCUACCUGUGUUGAACAUACAGUAAUUAGUUGAACGAGAAAGCAAGAGAUAUUAAAAGAUUAUCAUUCCUUAAUUAAAACUAAGAUUAUUUUAUUAAUCUUUAUGUUUAUUUAUUGUACGAGGGUCAUUUAGGUUGUAGUUAAACUGUACAUUAAUAAUCAAGAAUAUUUUAAUUUCUAUAAUAUGGAUUAAAGACACAUCUAAGUGUAUAGACACUAAUAUAUACACACACCUCUCAGUGCAUAUACACCGAGAUCUUAUUGUAUACCUUGUUAAAAUUAUAUAAUUUUUGUUAACAAAUAUAAUUACUGCAAUAUUUAUUUCACGAGGACAUUAUAUAUAUAUAUAUAUAUAUAUAUAUAUAUAUAUAUAUAUAUAUAUAUAUAUAUAUAUAUAUAUAUAUAUAUAUAUAUAU